AUGUAUGCAUACUGGCUGGCUCUCCUCUUCCUACUUCACUCCGUCAAUGCUUCUCCACACCCUCACCCGCACCCUCUCGCAAAACCCCGACAUAGGCAGCGUCCUGCAAAUGUCGUCUAUGUGCCCGCGCCAUCCUCGUCCACAUCAACCGUAGUUCAGCAAUCCACUAGCAUUCCCCAAGGAACCACUCUUGGCCAAACCGGCGGCACCACUGGCGGUACUACUGGGGGCACUACCGGGGGAGGCGGUUCUGUCUCCCUCCCAGCCUCCUGCUACAAAUACAAUGGCCUCGGAGUGGGUUUACAAGCUCUUGGCGACCCAAAAAGCAUCAUCUCCUCCGUCACAAAUCAGCCGCCUUGUAUGUAUGGGCGCUUCAUCACCAUGAUAUCGUCUGGUGGCCAGAUAACGUACGAUCAGCCUCUCGACACAGGUGCAUCGAAAGCCGCUUCUGUGGGGGCAGUUUAUGUCGUCUCUUUAAAGCCUCCUAAGGGCGUGGACUUCACAGUGAUUGCCAGAUCGGCGAGUCAGAUUGGGAAAGACAUUGAUGCCAUGGCUGCGGGAUUCCAAGGGCAAAUCUGGUUGAGACUAGCGCAUGAAUUCAAUUGGUAUGUACAAAAUGGAGAAUAUACAGGGGACGGACCUGGUUUCAAGGAAAUGUGGACGGCGAUCAGCGGGGCGAUCACGCAGAAGUCGAAGGUCAAGAUGUACUGGUGCCCCAACCCGCCUUCAUCCACUGGCGAUUCCGUGGACGAACUUCAUCAGAAGUAUUGGCCUGGUGAUGGAACGGUGGAUUUGGUGGGAAUUGAUGCUUACCUCACGCCGCCGAGUUACAAUGGGAAGUUCAGCGAUAGCGUGCCUACUGAGUUUUGUAACAAAUAUCAGAACUUGGAUUUGUAUCUCGGAGAGGCGGGAGUGCUGCCGAGUGGGGGGACUCAGACGCAGCAAAAGUAUUGGUUAGAUCAAGUCAAGAAUGGGAAAAGUACGUGUGGGAAUUAUAAGGGGUUUUUGUGGUUUGAGAUGACACCGCCGGGUGAGGGGAAUUUUGGGGUGUUCAGUAACGGGGUUGCUGCUGCUGAGCUGAGCUGA